CGCCGCCGCCGCUCGCCGGCCCAAACCCUCGCCAACCUUCUCAACCCCCUCCUCUCCGCGGCGGCGCGAUGGGGAAGAGCGACUUCCUGACGCCGAAGGCGAUCGCGAACCGGAUCAAGGCCAAGGGGCUGCAGAAGCUGCGGUGGUACUGCCAGAUGUGCCAGAAGCAGUGCCGCGACGAGAACGGCUUCAAGUGCCACUGCAUGUCGGAGUCGCACCAGCGCCAGAUGGCCAUCUUCGGCCAGGCGCCCGACCGCAUCGUCGACGGAUUCUCCGACGAGUUCCUCGACGAGUUCCUCACGCUGCUCCGCCGCGCGCACCGCAGCUCCCGCGUCGCCGCAACCGUCAUCUACAACGAGUUCAUCGCCGACCGCAACCACGUGCACAUGAACUCCACGCGCUGGCAGACGCUCACCGAGUUCGUCAAGUUCCUCGGCAAGGCGGGCCACGCCAAGGUCGAGGACACGCCCAAGGGAUGGUUCAUCACCUACAUCGACAGGGACUCGGAGCAGGCCAUCAAGGCCAGGCUCAAGCGCAAGAGGGUCAGGUCGGACCUCGCUGAUGAUGAGAGGCAGGAGCUCAUGAUUGCCCGGCAGAUCGAGCGGGCACAGCGGGCACAGGCUGAUUUUGGCGAUGAUGCCUCUCCUAAUGCUGCAGAAGAUGACGACCUCGGCAGCGAAGAAGAUGAUUAUUCGGGAUCAGAGGAUGAUGAUCAAGAAGAGGAGGAGACCACCAAUAACAAGCCGAAAGAGAAGAUUGCUAUUGCGCUCCAGCGGGCUGCGCCUGCGCCCAAGGUUAACCCCUUUGAUGAUAAGCCAAAGAUGAAAUUCGGCUUCGAGGAAGAGGAGGAGACAGCAAACAAGAAAGGGAAAGCAACGGAUGCGAGGAGGUCCGCGAUCGAGGAUCUGAUGAAGGAGGAGGAGAAGGCCAAGGAGCGCAGCAACCGCAAGGACUACUGGCUGUGCCCUGGCAUCGUCGUCAAGGUGAUGAGCAAGACGCUGGCUGACAAGGGGUACUACAAGCAGAAGGGGUUGGUGAAGAGGGUGGUUGACAAGUACGUCGCGGAGAUUGAGAUGCUGGACAGCAAGCAUGUUCUCAGGGUCGACCAGGAUGAGCUUGAGACCGUGAUCCCGCAGAUUGGUGGGCUCGUGCGCAUCGUUAAUGGGGCUUACCGGGGCUCAAACGCGAGGUUGCUCUCUGUGGACACUGAGAGAUUCAGUGCCAAACUGCAGGUUGAGAAGGGCCUCUAUGAUGGGAAAGUUCUCAGGGCCAUCGAGUAUGAGGACAUUUGCAAGAUUGCUCAGUGAGAUAUCAUGGAAUUUCAUUUCAAUUCUAACAGCAAUUCUGCUGUGAAUUAUGGACCCAAUGUACUAGCUCUGUCUUUUGAUGGCUAUGCUUGUGCUAGAAUAUUGUCUAUGAAGAAGUUUGGAAUGUUAGUGUUUCUAGUUCAGUCUUGCUGCAGAAAGCACACCACCAAAUAUCUCCUAUUAUUUGUUUCUGUUACUUGGUUAUGACUAGAAUAAUAAUAUGACAGCUUUUUGACA